AUAUCUAAGUAUUCUGGAAGUUUGGGUGAAAAUCAUGGCGGAAUCAGAAAUUUCGGAGCAGCAUUUAAGAUGGAUGAAUGAGGCAAUGGACUAUGCAGUGGCUGCUUUAGACCGCGGAGAGGUUCCUGUAGGUUGUUUGCUUGUGUACAGAGACGAGGUCAUCGCCACGGGCAACAACCGGGUCAACGAGACCAAGAACGCCACCAGGCACGCCGAGCUGAUCGCCAUAGAGGGCGCUAUUCGCUGGUGCGAGGACAGGGGCACCAGGACGGAGGAAGUGUUUCGCGAUACCACACUGUACGUGACCGUGGAGCCUUGCAUAAUGUGCGCUGGCGCCCUGCGGGCCGUUGGUAUCCCUUCGGUUGUGUACGGCUGCGCUAAUGAGCGCUUUGGAGGCUGUGGUUCGGUUCUGAGCGUCCACUCUGACGACAUCCCAUCCAUGGGGAAAACGUUCAAAUGCGUGCCGGGAGUUUUCAAGGACCGAGCGGUUCAGCUCUUGAAGGAGUUCUACAGGGGGCAGAACCCAAAUGCACCAGUUCCUAAAAUCAAGCCGCAACAAAAGAACAAAGACGAUAAGAUUAUAGAUUCAGAUUCCAGAACAGAUGCUAAAUAGGCAGUAGCCUACCGAAGUUGAAACUAUUCAAAUUGAUAGUAGACUUUUUCAUUAUGCAUUCAGCAUACGGUUUGAAAAUCUUGGUUGAGGCAAUACUAGGACAGACAAUCUGUGUAAACAAAUAAAGGUUUGACAGAAUUAAAAUUUUGAAAGUAUGAAUGAUUGGGUUUUUUUUCGCAGAAACAUUGUAGCGUGUUUCUUAAAAGUAAAUAACAGGAUCAUGGAUGUUGCUUUUCAAGGUCGUGUCAAGUGAAACUGGUUGAAUAUAUUUUUGAUGAAUAAAAAAUGUGACUGACAAGAGUAGUUGUUUUGAAUUUGA